GACGGUCCCAGCGAUCAGAGGCGGCGCCGAGCCUGGGGGCGGUUCCUUGGCAGCGCCGGUUCGAGUCGCAGCCAGACUUUUGCUCCUGGGCUCGGUUUGCAUCAUCCCCAUCACACCCUCGGGGAAGAGGAGACAGCCCCCUUUCCAGCCUCAGCUUCCGGCCGAGCGACCCCUCCCUCUCCGGGUCUCCCCAGGCCCUUCUCCCAUCUUCCUCCUCACUGUACCCCCUCUGCAGCGCUCGCUGCCCCUAGCUGCCCUCCUCCAUCCCUUGUUGGAUGUUGCCCACUCUUUAAGGAAGGAUGGUUGAUUUGGAGAGCGAAGUGCCCCCUCUGCCUCCCAGGUACAGAUUUCGGGAUUUGCUGCUAGGGGACCAAGGCUGGCAAAAUGAUGACAGAGUUCAAGUUGAAUUCUACAUGAAUGAAAACACAUUUAAAGAGAGAUUAAAAUUGUUUUUCAUAAAAAACCAACGAUCAAGUCUAAGAAUCCGAUUGUUCAACUUUUCCCUCAAAUUGCUAAGCUGCUUAUUAUAUAUUAUCCGUGUGCUGCUUGAGAAACCUUCACAGGGAAAUGAAUGGUCUCACAUAUUUUGGGUUAACAGAAGUCUACCUUUAUGGGGUUUACAGGUCUCAGUGGCAUUGAUCAGUCUGUUUGAAACAAUACUCCUUGGUUAUCUCAGUUAUAAGGGAAAUAUCUGGGAACAGAUUUUACGAAUCCCAUUCAUCUUGGAAAUAAUCAAUGCGGUCCCCUUCAUUAUCUCAUUUUUGCUUGUUUUUCAGAUAUUCUGGCCUACCUUAAGGAAUCUAUUUGUCCCAGUUUUUCUAAACUGUUGGCUUGCCAAACAUGCCUUGGAAAAUAUGAUUAAUGAUCUUCAUAGAGCCAUUCAGCGAACACAGUCUGCAAUGUUUAAUCAAGUUUUGAUUUUGAUAUCUACACUACUAUGCCUUAUCUUCACCUGCAUUUGUGGAAUUCAGCAUCUGGAACGAAUUGGCAAGAAACUCAAUCUCUUUGACUCCCUUUAUUUCUGCAUUGUGACAUUUUCUACUGUGGGCUUUGGGGAUGUCACUCCUGAAACAUGGUCCUCCAAGCUUUUUGUUGUUGCUAUGAUCUGCGUUGCCCUUGUGGUACUCCCCAUACAGUUUGAACAAUUGGCCUAUUUGUGGAUGGAGAGACAAAAGUCAGGUGGAAACUAUAGUCGUCACAGAGCUCAGACUGAAAAGCACGUUGUCCUGUGUGUCAGCUCAUUGAAGAUUGACUUACUUAUGGAUUUUCUAAAUGAAUUCUAUGCACAUCCAAGACUGCAGGAUUAUUAUGUGGUGAUUUUGUGUCCUACGGAGAUGGAUGUGCAAGUUCGGAGGGUGCUGCAGAUUCCAAUGUGGUCCCAGAGAGUCAUCUACCUUCAAGGCUCAGCCCUUAAAGAUCAGGAUCUCCUAAGAGCAAAGAUGGACAAUGCAGAGGCCUGUUUCAUCCUGAGCAGCCGCUGUGAAGUAGACAGGACAUCAUCUGAUCACCAAACAAUUUUGAGAGCAUGGGCUGUGAAAGAUUUUGCUCCAAAUUGUCCUUUGUAUGUUCAGAUACUAAAACCGGAAAAUAAAUUUCACAUCAAAUUUGCAGAUCAUGUUGUUUGUGAAGAAGAGUUUAAAUACGCCAUGUUAGCUUUAAACUGUAUAUGCCCAGCAACAUCUACACUUAUUACACUACUGGUUCAUACCUCUAGAGGGCAAGAAGGGCAGCAGUCGCCAGAACAGUGGCAGAAGAUGUACGGGAGGUGCUCGGGAAAUGAAGUCUAUCACAUCGUUUUGGAAGAAAGUACAUUUUUUGCUGAAUACGAAGGGAAGAGUUUUACUUAUGCCUCUUUCCAUGCACACAAAAAGUUUGGUGUCUGCUUGAUUGGUAUUAGGAGGGAGGAUAAUAAAAACAUUUUGCUGAAUCCAGGUCCUCGAUAUAUUAUGAAUGCUUCAGACAUAUGUUUUUAUAUUAACAUUACCAAAGAAGAAAAUUCAGCAUUUAAGAACCAAGACCAGCAGAGAAAAAGCAAUGUGUCAAGGUCAUUUUAUCAUGGACCUUCCAGAUUACCUGUCCACAGCAUCAUUGCCAGCAUGGGUACUGUGGCUAUAGACUUACAAGACACAAGUUGUAGGGUAGCAAGUGGCCCCACCCUGGCUCUUCCUUCAGAAGGAAGCAAAGAAUUAAGAAGACCUAGUAUUGCUCCUGUUUUAGAGGUUGCUGAUUCAUCAUCAAUUCAAACAUGUGAUCUUCUAAGUGAUCAAUCAGAAGAUGAAACUACACCAGAUGAAGAAACUUCAAAUUUAGAGUAUGCCAAGGGCUACCCACCUUACUCUCCUUACAUAGGAAGUUCACCUACUUUUUGUCACCUACUUCAAGAAAAAGUGCCCUUCUGCUGCUUAAGAUUAGACAAGAGUUGCCAGCAUAACUACUAUGAGGACGCAAAAGCCUAUGGAUUCAAAAAUAAACUAAUUAUAGUUGCAGCUGAAACAGCUGGAAAUGGAUUAUAUAAUUUUAUUGUACCUCUCAGGGCAUAUUAUAGACCAAAGAAAGAAUUAAAUCCCAUAGUUCUGCUAUUGGAUAACCCGCCAGAUAUGCAUUUUCUGGAUGCAAUCUGUUGGUUUCCAAUGGUUUACUACAUGGUGGGCUCUAUUGACAACCUAGAUGACUUGCUCAGGUGUGGAGUGACCUUUGCAGCCAACAUGGUGGUGGUGGACAAAGAGAGCACCAUGAGUGCAGAGGAGGAUUACAUGGCAGAUGCUAAAACGAUUGUGAAUGUGCAAACACUUUUCAGGUUGUUUUCCAGUCUCAGUAUUAUCACUGAGCUUACUCACCCAGCAAAUAUGAGAUUCAUGCAAUUCAGAGCCAAGGACUGUUACUCUCUUGCACUUUCAAAACUGGAAAAGAAAGAGCGAGAGCGAGGUUCUAACCUGGCCUUUAUGUUUCGACUGCCUUUCGCAGCAGGACGAGUGUUCAGCAUCAGCAUGUUGGACACACUUCUGUACCAGUCAUUUGUGAAAGAUUAUAUGAUUUCUAUCACCAGACUUCUGUUGGGACUGGACACCAUACCAGGAUCGGGGUUUCUUUGUUCUAUGAAAAUCACUGAAGAGGACUUGUGGAUCAGAACAUAUGCCAGACUCUACCAGAAGUUGUGUUCUUCUACUGGAGAUGUUCCUAUUGGGAUCUACAGGACAGAAUCUCAGAAAUUAACUACAUCUGAGUCUCGAGAAAUAGCAUCCCAAUCUCAAAUAUCCAUCAGUGUGGAAGAGUGGGAAGACACCAAAGAUGCCAAAGAACCAGGACACCACCGCAGCAUUCACCGCAACUCCACCUCUAGCGACCAGUCGGACCACCCCUUGCUUCGGAGGAAGAGCAUGCAGUGGGCACGAAGGCUGAGCAGAAAAGGCCCAAAGCACUCUGGAAAGACUGCAGAAAAAAUAACCCAGCAGCGGCUGAACCUCUACAGGAGGUCUGAAAGACAGGAGCUUGCCGAACUUGUGAAAAAUAGGAUGAAACACCUGGGCCUUUCCACGGUGGGCUACGAUGAAAUGAAUGAUCAUCAAAGCACCCUGUCCUACAUCCUGAUUAAUCCAUCUCCAGACACCAGGCUUGAGCUCAAUGAUGUUGUAUACUUGAUCCGACCAGAUCCAUUGUCCUACCUUCCAAACAGUGAACCCAGUAGGAAGAACAGCAUCUGCAAUGCCGCUGUUCAAGAUUCUCGGGAGGAAACUCAACUCUGAUGAAAACAAAAUACGAGACUUUAUUUUCCCUAAGGGAUCUUGCUUGAAUUCACUAAAAUGUUGUAGAUGGUCCUAAAGAACUGACUGGAAUGUAUUCAAUUUCUCACCUUUCUUCUAUUUAAAAACCAAAUCUCUUGUCUCAGAAAUACAGAUCAUUUUGAAACUUAAUGUGGUAUUUAUUGACAUUUCCCUGGUUAGUAUUUAAAUUUUAUCAGUGGAAGAUUCUGAAUAUGAGCAUAAAAUACAGAAGUUAAAAUCUGAUAUUUAACUGUUUAAGAAUAAUCAGCACUAUAUGCAUCCUAAUUUAAAAUAUUACUAAGAGUGUAUGAAAAUAAAGAAAUCCACAUAUAGUCAGUGUAUCACUAGGGCACUGAAGUAUCUUUUUCUCCUUAUAAAUAUGUCAUUAUAUUAUUUAAAUUUGCUGUUUCUAAAAUUGAGCCCAUUAAGAAUGUAUGCUUAUCUCUAUCUAGAGAUUAACCAUUAACUUCUGUGGCUGACUUCUGCCUAGGUAGGAAUCAUAGUUUAGAGUCAUUUAAUGUCUGUCUUUCCAUAUAUUAUUGUGUUCAUUUUAGAAUCUGAGAUAUCCAUAGCAUGUUUAAUUAUUCAGAAGAAACUAAAACAUAAAGAAGUAUUAAUUACCUGGGCUUUUUGGUAACUUCAUAUUUAAUGGACAUUUUAUGCCAAGAAAUGUUUACUUAAGAGAAAAUAUUUUUGUUCUCCUAAAAAAUAACUAACAUACAGAAUACACUACAUAUCUUUUCAGCUAACAUGAAUGUGAGAAUUGAAAAAUUACCUGUAUAUAACAGAUGAGCAGUGAUGACUUCCAUUACUGUUGGCUUUAGUAUUUUCCAUUUAGCUAUAUAACAAAUUUCAUUAGGAAAACGGAUCAAAGUUAAAAGAAGAGUAUUUAUAUAUUUUAUGAACCACAGGGACACUUUUAAGACCUUUAGCAUUCUCCAAAUGUCUUUGAUAUUAAAUAGUCACACUUAAAAUCUGAUUUAAUAUAAAAUAAUCAAACAUAUCUCUACUUUACCAGUGUAAGGAAAUGUCAUUAACAGAUAUUUAUUGUAUUUUAAACUAAAUAUAACCUUUUCAGAAUUUGACAUAAAUUGAAUAUAACUAAUACCUUUGAUUUUAUUCCCUACUUUUCUCUUGACAAAUACAGCAAAGCAUGAGAAUGAAUACAUAUACAGUUUGCCAAAUCUGUAAUAAAGUGUUCCAUGAGAGAUAUGUUGGCAUAUUUCAAAAAUAAAAAUUGUAAUUUUUAACUAUUUAUUUUCUUUUUUCUUUUUGGUUUUUCGAGACAGGGUUUCUCUGUAUUGUUUUGGAGGCUGUCCUGGAACUCCCUCUGUAGACCUGGCUGGCCUCGAACUCACAGAGAUCCUCCUGCCUCUGCCUCCUGAGUGCUGGAAUUAAAGGCAUGUGCCACCAACGCCCAGCAAUUUUUAUCUAUUUCUUUAGUCAUGAACUUGACAAUUGCAGCAUAAAAUAAUCCAUGUAAGAAAUGGAAUAUUUUUUUCCUUUCUUAUCAUAUUGAAACAGAUCAUAGAAAAAUUUUAAAGAUGAAAUCUGUCAUCCUCCCAAUAAUUGUACAGAAAAAAUAGAGUUGAAUCACAUCUUCUAGCCAUUUUACAAUUUGACUAGAGAAUAUAGAAUGUCUUUUUUUUUUACUAGUACUUUAUAUUACCCAUAACUUAGAAUAAGAAAAACAUAAAGAAUUCCCUCAAAAUAGGGAGAUAUUCUCUAGUAUUCAGAGAAAUUUGGUUAGAGCAAGUUACUUCAAAUUGAGAGCAUGCCUUAAAAAGUCAUGAUUGUAUGCAAAUGUGUGUAUAUGUUAUAAAUGUGAAAUACAUUUGAAAGACCUCACAUGAUGUUAUAAUUGAAGGCAGAAUUAAAUUAAUGUAUGCAGUUGAUAAAACACUGAAUAUGCUGACUUAUUUCACAUUUGGAUAUAAGUAGUCAAGUAUGAUAUUUCUUUAGAUUGACAUUUUUUUAUUCCAUUACAUUUCUUUUAGGAAUAAAUGUCAGAUUUUAAAAGCCUUCUAUUUCCCAAUGAGCUUUGAAGUUUAGUAUUUUUGCAAUAUGACAGUUGCUAAGACUAGUAUUUUAAGCUAGGAUAUGAUUAUAUUUCCUAUAAAAUUAGAAAUUUUGUUUCAUAAAUUCUAAAGUAAUUAUUUUUGAUUAUGAGUAUUAGUCCUAAUUUAAUAUUUGAAAAAAUUAAUAUUGCUUGCUAUAACAAUGAUAGUUUAUAGACUUUCCAGUUACUUAAAGAAUAAAUGAUGCUUAUUAAAGUCUUUCAACAAACUGUUGCCUUUUUGAAAAAAUUACAUGCACAUGAAGAUAAAACAUGAAGUAAUUGUCCUCUUAGCCCUUCAGUUGGUUUGGUUUAUUGUCUAUGUGCCAUUUUGCUACCAAUUUCUUUGAAUUGCUUUAAAAAUAGAUAAUAAUAAAAUUAUUUCUGAAGAUGAUGAAAAUCCCUUGGGUUUUUUUUAAUGGCAGAACUUUGUUUUGACCAAUUAUGUUUGAAACUGUUAAAGUACUUUUGUCAUUUUUACAUACCAAGCCCCAAAUAAAUGUGAAAGUAAUUCAUUGGAAUGGAAUGAAAAA